CGGGGGGCGGGGAGCCGCGCGCGGGAGGGAGGCGAGCGGCGAGACAGGCUCCGAGGCUCCCGCGAGCCAGCGCCGAGCGAGCCCGGGAGGUGGGGAGCGAGCGAGCGAGCAGCCGCGCCGCCGCCUCGCAAUCCGCCGCCAUCCCGCCGCCUCGGCGCCCGACCGCCGCCCGACCGCCAUCGCCCGGCCCAGUCGCGCUCGCGGAACCAGACCAGGCAGAUCAGCAGCGGCGCCGAGCAAAAUUCCCUUACUAGAUGACAUUUCAUCGCAAUGUCCGAUCGUUUGGGGCAAAUAACCAAGGGCAAGGAUGGGAAAAGCAAGUAUCCGACUCUCAGCCUGUUUGAUAAGCAUAAAGGAAAAUCAGUAGACACAGUCAGAUCCUCAGUUAUUCCUAGACAUGGCUUACAGAGUCUUGGGAAAGUUGCCACAGCCCGGCGUAUGCCACCACCCGCAAACCUGCCAAGCUUGAAGUCUGAAAACAAAGGAAACGACCCCAACAUCGUUAUAGUACCCAAGGACGGAACGGGAUGGGCAAACAAGCAGGAUCAGCAAGACCCAAAGAGUUCCAGUGUGACGGCCUCUCAGCCGCUGGAGUCGCUGCCGCAGCCGGGUUUGCAGAAAUCUGUCUCCAGUUUACAGAAACCGACACAGUCAAUCAGUCAGGAGAACACAAAUUCAGUGCCAGGUGGACCAAAGUCAUGGGCACAGCUGAAUGGAAAGCCAGUAGUACACGAAGGUGGUUUAAGGGGCUCAAGCCGACUAUUAUCCUUCUCUCCCGAGGAAUUUCCGACGCUGAAAGCAGCUGGAGGGCAGGACAAGGCUGGCAAAGAAAAGGGCGUCUUAGAUCUGUCGUAUGGGCCAGGACCAAGCCUCCGCCCUCAGAAUGUGACAAGCUGGAGGGAGGGCGGUGGGCGAAACAUAAUUUCUGCCACGUCUCUGAGCGCCUCCCCAACUGAGCUGGGCAGCAGGAACUCGAGUGCAGGAGACGGAGCCCCCUCCUCGGCAUGUACCAGCGAUUCUAAGGACCCCUCUCUCCGCCCGGCUCAGCCUGUCCGCAAAGGGGCUUCACAGUUCAUGGGAAAUGUAUACCACCCACCUACAUACCAUGACAUGCUUCCUGCUUUUAUGUGUUCGCCACAGUCAUCAGAGAACCAGGGUGCAGUGGAGCGAGGAUCCUUUCCCCUACCCCAGCUCCGUCUUGAGCCCCGAGUUCCUUUUAGACAGUUCCAGAUGAAUGACCAAGAUGGAAAAGAAAACAGGCUGGGAACGACUCGCCCGAUCCGUCCGCUAAGGCAGCUGGUGGAGCGGGCACCCCGGCCCACCAUCAUCAAUGCGGAAAACCUGAAGGGCCUCGAUGACCUGGACACCGACGCUGAUGAUGGCUGGGCAGGCCUCCAUGAGGAAGUGGACUAUUCUGAGAAACUGAAGUUCAGUGAUGAUGAAGAGGAGGAAGAGGUUGUGAAGGAUGGCAGGCCAAAAUGGAGCAGUUGGGACCCUAGAAGGCAGCGGCAGCUGUCAUUGAGCUCUGUGGACAGUACUGAUGCUAAGCGUACGCCAGAGGAAGGAAAGGACUGGGGUGAAACAGUGGGCAUGACCCGUGUUGUCCGGAAGGUGCCAGAACCUCAGCCACCUUCCAGGAAACUUCACAGCUGGGCAUCAGGCCCCGACUACCAGAAGUCCUCCGUGGGCAUUGUGUUCCGGCAGCAGUCUGUUGAGGACAAAGAGGACAAGCCACCUUCACGGCAGAGGUUCAUCCAGUCAGAGAUGUCUGAGGCCGUGGAACGAGCCCGAAAGCGCAGGGAAGAGGAGGAGCGCCGGGCCCGGGAAGAGAGGUUGGCUGCCUGUGCCGCCAAACUCAAGCAGCUGGACCAAAAGUGUAAGCAGGCUCAGAAGGCCAGCGAGGCGCAGAAGCAGGUGGAGAGGGAAGUCCCCCGAUCUCCAGGCACUGAUAGGGCACCCCUGCAGGAGAACGGCCCUGCUGGCCGCAAAGGCUCCCCUGAGUUCCCUGUCCAGGGAACCCCCAACCCAUUUUCAGAAGAAGCCCCCACGGCUCCUCCGGCCGUGGCUCAGAGCAGUAGUGAGGACGGGCAUGGGGAGGCCACGUCCCCCUCCCAGGAGUUCAGCAAGUACCAGAAGGCCCUUCCGCCCCGGUUCCAGCGCCAGCAGCAGCAGCAGGAGCAGCUGUACAAGAUGCAGCACUGGCAGCCCGUGUACCCUCCGCCCUCCCACCCGCAGCGCACCUUCUACCCGCAUCAUCCCCAGAUGCUGGGCUUCGAUCCCAGGUGGAUGAUGAUGCCUUCCUACAUGGACCCACGAAUCCCACCCCCUCGGACCCCAGUGGAUUUCUACCCCUCGGCCCUGCAUCCCUCCGGAUUGAUGAAACCCGUGAUGCCCCCAGAGACCCUUGGUGGGGCCAGCUGCCGCCCUGAGGAUCAGAACCGCGUGCCCCCACUGCAAGAAAGAAAGGUGACCACCAUCGACCCCACCCCUGCGUGGAGCCCAGAGGGCUACAUGGCAUUGCAGAGCAAGGGCUACUCGCUGCCCCACCCAAAAUCAGAUGGCACUUUGGCCGUGGACAUGCAUGUCAGGAAUGAAAGCUCUUACUCUGCCUCACCCGGAAGGUCAGGGGGCGUAAGUGCCCAGCGCGAUCUCCUUGAGGAGAGAGGGGAGGAAUACUUGAGUGCUUUUGACAAGAAGGCCCAAGCAGACUUUGACAGCUGUGUCUCUUCUCAAAGAAUAGGCCAGGAGCUCUUGCUUCCACCCCAAGAAAAUACCCAGGAAGCAGGUGAUCCUGGGGGUCACAGCCCAAACCCCAGGUGCCCCCCACUGGAGCCUGACUUUGCCCCAGCUGAGAAAAAGCCAGAGUAUAGUAAUUGGGACAUUAGCCACCAGCCAAAGGCCGCCGGUGCAGCCAGCAGUGUUGAGGAGGAGGCCCCCCGGGAGGAGCUGCCCUUCAGCACCUCCUCCUGGGAGAAGGCAGGGGGCCCCAACAAAGAGCCCCCGCUGGAGCCCGAGUGGACCUCGGAACCCCGGGGCCCUGGCAGCCAGCUCCAGGAGCCUACCGGCAGGACCCGACGGUCAGGACCCAUCAAGAAACCUGUCCUAAAAGCCCUCAAAGUAGAAGACAAGGAGAAGGAGCUGGGGAGGAUGAAGCAGGAGCUGGGGAUGGGGGGUGCCCGCCCGGCCAAGGAGAAGGUGCCGCCUCGUAAGGUGGAAAAAGAUGCAGACGAGGAGAAUGGCCCCGCACUGGCCAGUCCGUCCCCUCCUACCUCGGAGGGCCAGGGUUCUACUCGCGUGAGUUUGGGCCGUGAGGCCAGCAAGUCUGAAGAGGACGAGAAGCCCGACGGGGCCUGGGAAGCCAGGCCCUCCCGGGAGCCCAGCGAUACCGCCCCGACGAGGAGGAAUAACUGGAUCUUCAUUGAUGAGGAGCAAGCCUUUGGGGGCAGAGGGCAGGCCCGGAGCCGCGGCCGUGGCUUCAGGGAAUUCACUUUCCGUGGCCGGCCUGCCAGCAGCAGCAUGUGCGGGGGGGCGGCCCUUGGGGUGCGGGGCGUCUACAGCGGCCAGCGGAGCGGCCGAGGCCGCGGCCUGCGGGAGUUCAGUCAGCCGGACGACUUCCCCAGGGCCAGGCCCCGCCGGAGGAUCGCCAGCGAGACCCACAGCGAGGGCUCCGAGUACGAGGAGCUGCCCAAGCGGCGUCGGCAGAGGGGCGCGGAGAACGGGAUCGGGGGCUCGCUCCUGGGGAGGGGCGAGAGCGGCGUGGGGAAAGGUGACUUCAGAGAUUCCUGGCGCUCGAGCAAGAUGUACUCUGAGGAGCGCAGUGGUCCGGACGCGAAGAGCCGGGGCCCUCGGGCCUUUGGGCGAGCCCUCCCGCCCCGGCUGAGCAACUGCGGGUUUGGGCGGAGGGCCUUCGUGUCCAAAGAGUCAGCGCCCUGGCAGAGUCCGAGUCCGGGUGCCUCGUGGCAGGAGUACAGCCCUCCCGACGCGUGUGGGUCCCGGCGACCCACAGACAGAGACUAUGUCCCCGAGGCCUACAGACAUUCUGACUCUUUUGGCGCCAGGGGCUUCGAGGACAGCCGCCUGGAAGACAAAAGGUCCUUCUUCCAAGACGACCAUGUGGCAGAUUGUGAAAAUGUGGAGAACCGGCCCUUCAGGAGAAGGCGCCCCCCGCGUCAAGACAAGCCCCCUCGCUUCAGGCGCCUCAGGCAGGAGCGCGAGUCCCUGGGCCUGUGGGGGCCUGAGGAGGAGCCCCGCCUGCUGCCGGGGCAGUGGCCCAGCAGGUCCAAACUCUGUCCUGGGGACAAGAGCGGCGCUGUGGGCCGCAGGUCCCCUGAGCUCUCGUACCAGAACUCCUCUGACCACGCCAACGAAGAGUGGGAGACGGCCUCUGAGAGCAGUGACUUCAGCGAGCGGCGCGAGCGGCGGGAGGGCCUCGGGGCCGAGGCUGACUCCCAGGCGGACGGCAGCUUGCCUGGGGCCAGCUUGGGCGAGAAGAAGGAGCUGGCCAAGAGAAGCUUCUCCAGUCAGAGACCCCUGGUUGACAGACAGAGCCGAAAGCUGGAGCCGGGAGGGUUUGGGGAGAAGUCUGUUAGGCCAGGUGGUGGUGAAUCUUCUCCCCGUUAUGACAGCCAACAGAAUGGGACGCCUUUGAAAGCCAAAAGGGCCCCAGACGAGGUCCUGCCUGGAAGCCUGGGCUGCAGCAGUGGGAGCGGUCACUACAGCCUGGAGCGGGCAGCCCAUGCUGCCUCUGACACCCCAGAAGCCACCUGUGAGAAGGCAGAGGAGGCCAAGCUGGCUGCUCAGAGGGCAGGCGAGCAGGGAGAGGCCAUGGCGCAGUUUGACCUCAGCUAUGGAAGUGCCAUCGUUGAAAAUUGCGGGUCCAGCCCUGGGGAGGAGAGUGAAGUGGGCUCUGCGGUGGGUGAAGGUUUCAUUGAAGUCCUGACCAAGAAGCAGCGCCGCCUGCUGGAGGAAGAAAGGAGGAAGAAGGAGCAAGCCGUGCAGGUGCCUGUCAAAAGUCGGGGUCUCUCCUCCCGUAUACCGCCUCGGUUUGCUAAAAAGCAAAACAGCUUGUGCCUGGAGCAAGGUGAUGCAACUCUGCCUGGCAGCAGCCUGGGCACUGAGAUCUGGGAGAGCAGCAGCCAGGCCCUUCCCAUUCAGGCCUCGGCCAGCGACUCCUGGACCAAAGCUGCCACUGCCUUCAGCAGCACCGAGUCUGGCUCAGCUGAGGGUUUUAAGAGCAGCCAGGGAGACAGUGGCGUUGACUUGAGCGCUGAGUCUCGUGAGUCAUCUGCAACGUCCUCGCAGCGCAGUUCGCCAUACGGCGCUCUGAAGCCAGAGGAGAUGAGCGGGCCCAGCCUGGAGCCCAAGGCUGACAGCCGCAAGGAGCAGGCUCAGAAACAGUCUGAGCAAAAGGAUUCAGAACAAGGCUCAGGACAGAGCAAGGAGCACAGACCGGGACCCAUUGGCAAUGAGCGUUCUCUGAAAAACAGGAAGGGCUCCGAGGGGACUGAACGGCUGCCGGGGGCUGUGGUCCCGCCCGUUAACGGGGUGGAGAUUCACGUGGACUCUGUGCUGCCGGUACCGCCUAUCGAGUUUGGAGUCAAUCCAAAAGACUCUGAUUUCAGCUUGCCACCUGGUUCUGCCUCUGGGCCUGCAGGGAAUCCAGUUGUCAAACUUCAGGAUGCAUUGGCCAGUAACGCCGGGUUAACACAGAGCAUUCCCAUCCUCCGGCGCGACCAUCACAUCCAGAGGGCCAUCGGCCUCUCCCAAAUGUCCUUCCCCACCGCCGACCUCACUCUGAAGAUGGAGUCUGCACGCAAGGCUUGGGAAAACUCACCCAGUUUGCCGGAGCAGAGCUCUCCCGGAGGUGCCGGCUCGGGCAUCCAGCCCCCGUCCUCUGUGGGAGCCUCCAGUGGAGUCAACUACAGCGCUUUCGGUGGGGUUUCCAUGCCGCCCAUGCCCGUGGCUUCUGUAGCACCCUCUGCUUCUCUUCCAGGCAACCACCUGCCGCCUCUGUAUCUGGAUGGCCAUGUGUUUGCAAGUCAGCCCCGGCUGGUUCCUCAAACGAUACCUCAGCAGCAGAGUUACCAACAGGCUGCCGCUGCCCAGCAGAUCCCAAUCUCUCUUCACACGUCUCUGCAGGCUCAAGCCCAGCUGGGACUGAGGGGUGGGCUCCCUGUCUCCCAGUCUCAGGAGAUCUUCAGCUCUUUACAGCCCUUCAGAUCUCAGGUGUACAUGCACCCCAGCCUGUCACCGCCCAGCACCAUGAUUCUCUCUGGAGGCACAGCCUUGAAGCCUCCAUACUCGGCGUUCCCAGGAAUGCAGCCCUUAGAGAUGGUGAAGCCCCAGUCUGGCUCACCCUACCAGCCCAUGAGUGGAAACCAAGCCCUGGUCUACGAGGGUCAGCUCAGCCAGGCGGCCAGUCUGGGCGCCUCCCAGUUGCUGGACUCGCAGCUCCCACAGCAGCUGACAAUGCCGCUGCCUGGCUCCCAGCUGCCUCUGCCACGGUACGGCUCUGGGCAGCAGCCCCUGAUUCUGCCACAGUCCAUCCAGCUGCCGCAGGGGCAGAGCCUCUCUGUUGGGGCCCCCCGAAGAAUUCUUCCACCUGGGUCUCAGCCUUCGGUCCUUAACACCAGCAGAGAGUCCUCUCAGAUGGAGAUGAAGGGCUUCCACUUUGCCGACAGUAAACAGAAUGUUCCUUCAGGAGGCUCUGUGCCGUCGCCACAGACCUACAGGCCUAGCUCUGCUAGCCCCAGUGGGAAGCCCUCUGGAUCAGCAGUUAACAUGGGCUCUGUGCAGGGACACUACGUUCAACAGGCAAAACAACGAGUGGAUGAAAAACCCAGCCUGGGAGCCGUGAAACUGCAGGAGGCCCCUUCGACUGCCUCCCAGAUGAAGCGCACUGGGGCGAUCCAGCCUCGGGCCGUGAAAGUGGAGGAGAGCAAGGCCUAAAGGUGCCUGGCCAUGCCGCCCUCUCGAGGACAGUGCCUCGACACAGCCGGACUCUUAGGAAUCGCACCAGGUCCAUGUCCCGCUGCCUGGCCCGGACUGAGAGCUCUUCCUCCUCUUCCCUACUUCUGAAAGCUCAUUGUCCAACCAGCUUGCACCCGUGGAUAUAUGGCAUCGACCUGCUUGCUUUAAUACAGGACAGACAGACAAGCAAACGACUCCCAUCCCGUCUCCUCUCCACAGCCAAGCGGAGUGGCUCAAGGCCUUUGUGCAGUGUGUCACCCCUGCCUCCUGCCCUGUCCUCCUCCUGGCCAGGGCGCUUCCUCCGCAGUGCUUCCUCCCCUCCAGCCCGUGGGUCCCCAGGCACAUUGGUUUGACAGCAGGGUCGUUUUAGUUUGAGGCUCUUUGUUUUAAAAAGCAGUUAAGGUUUUUACAAAGGAGAAAAGAAAAGAAAAACACGAGCUCUCUCCAUAUAGCUGAACUUUUCUACGUCCUUUGCCGUCCUCUCCCCAACCCCUCCUCUAGUCCAGUGGUGUCCUUUAGCCUCCUGUUGGGUUUGAUGUAUCACUGCGACACCUUAAGAGACGACUUUUAAGAAUGCAUCCCUUCCCACUCCCUCUCAGUUGGUUAACCUUUGAGGGUCCUUGCCCAAAGAAGUGGAGGUUGCUUAAGACACCCCUCGUGAAUACUCCGAUGUCCAGCAACAUGCUUUGGAAGCAGAUUUGGGAGAGGUAAGGUGUUCCGGUUGGGUUCCAGCUGGCCUGAUGGCUGCAGGGAGCUGAUGGGCAGCCCAGUGAAGUGGAUAUGUUUUAGCAUAAGAAUUACGCAGCAUUUCUGUCUGGGACUCUUUUAAAGCUAGCGGAUCCUGACAUCUAGGCUCCUGGAGUGAGUCAUGAGAUACCAAGUCACUGGUGGUUUCCAGUUUCACGUGGACGGUGCAUGGACAGCACCACAAGCCCCCACCUGCGUCUCCGUUUAUGGGGCUCCAAUUCCCACACGGACCCCCAUCCUGGAAGCCUCCCGAAUUAGGCCCUUCUUUCUUCUAAGCCUCUUUCUCAUCUGGAUCCUCCUGUCCCUCCACUUCGUCGUCAGAAACUGUGAGGUCCUCCACAUGGUCACCGGUGUGUGAGCAGCUGCUCGGGCUGGUCUGCAGCAGAGGUGUGCAGUCCGCCGGGUGGUGGGGAGGCUCCUCUCUAUCCUCUUCGUUCCCAGCAAAGGGUUGUUGGGACAGAAAGGCCUGAGCUGGGCAGCGGGCAUCAGUCGUUCCCGAUGGCCACGGCUGUGUCCAAGGAGCGGACGGAUUGCAGGGCUCCAUGGUUCCAAAAUAGCCUGGGCGGCCUCAGAAAAAGGACAGCCUCUUAAGUCUACAGAGCCACCUUUAGCAAAAUGUUUGUGUGAGUCGUUUUAUGCUGGUUUUGGUUUUUGGGUCAUUUCUCUUUUAAAUAAGAACUAGAAGGAAAUCAUCCCCAGAUUCUGUCAUUCCAAGGAAAGGGGAGGGGAAAUUUCAAGCUUUGCACAUGCCCUUCAGAGUAACUAGCCAGCCGUCCACCUAAAGGAGUUGCUGCCUGGCCCCACCGGUGGUUCCAGAGCAGCCCUGGCUCAAUGGUGAGCAGGAGUGGGCAGGUGUGUGCCCCGCGGGUGUGCCAGCCGCUCGGCCUGUAGUUGUAAGCCUAGGAUCUAGUGGAGAACAUGGGGAAAGAAGCACCUUAGAAACAGCUGAAGAAACUUGUGUUGCCCUUUACUGCUUUAAGGCAGUGUGGGGGGGGCAGCCUCCUUAGCAGAGAGUACCCGGGUCUCCUCUGGGUGUUACCUGCAGAGGGCCAGUCAUCUUGAAAGAUGCCCCACUGCUUGAUCUGUAGCUUUGACCAUCCCCCGGCUUACCUCCACCUCAGACCUUCCUUCUUCCCUUUUUUUUCCUCAUCCCCUGAAUCUUUACUCUGAAGUCCCUUCUCGAAGGGCUGCCCACCUGAUGGAGUUGCCACACUCGCCUGCCCUGUGUGCUCGGCUGCCCCACCCUGAGCCCUGCGGACAUCUGACUGCGGCCCCUGCUGCAGACAGGCUGCCCUGACUGAGCUCCUCUCCAGCUGUCCCUGCAGGAGCCACACAUUUGCUGCUGCCUGUGCACUUAGAAACACAGCCAGACCCCUCACACCUAAUUCCAGUGCACGUUGUCAAAAAGAAAAAAGGCUUUCUCAUUUUGAAAUUCAGUGUAACAGUUCUAGAUGCUGUUACAAACUCAAGACGUACCCUUCAGGUGAACCUGCCAUCAGAGUGACAGUACUUCAGAAAAAAAAGGGUCACCUGUUCUCCAGCCCUUUCCUCUACCCAUGUAUUUCCGCCCCCCCACCCCAAUAAAACAGAAAACACUAGAAUUUAUUUAUAUGUAUUGAUGUUGUAGGUCUAGGUGAAAAAAAAGUAAAUGUUUCACUUUUCUAUUUAUAUAUAAUGUCUGAAUUAUUCUGUGCAGGAAAGGCCAGGAAAUUGCAUGUGAAGUUCGGUGCAUUCACCACCUCUGUGUGCCCAAGCUGCAGUCUCCCCUCUAAGAUCCAGAUUCUGAAUUGGCAGCUGAGGCAGUAGGCAGGCCUUGGGCCUGCCCAAUACCCCGUCCCUACCUUGGUCUGAUUAAAUGCAGUUUUUAGUGCAGAGAUGUUUUAAGGUGCAAUAUCUCUCCCUUUCAUGUGGUUUUAGAGCCAAGCUCAAAGUAACAGGACCUCAGAUCUUAUUUUGGUUUCAAAUCCCCAGCCUCAGAGUGCAAAUCUAUGCAGGAGCCUGGAUGCCUUUGGUGGGAACAGGUGUAGACCAGCACUUAGAGGUUUCCUGCUGUUGAGAUGCGGGGUGGGGGUGUCAGAGGCCUCUCAACUGCACCUAUGUCUGCUAAAUUUGCCCUCCCAGUGCUGGCAGCUUUGUCCUGGUUGAUGGAGCAGCCCAGUGCUCAGCAACCCGUGACCCUGCAACAGGGUCUGUUCAGGUAGUAAAAAUCCCAGAGUGUGGGGCUGUGUAUCCAAGUGGUGCCCUCCACCUACCAAACACUUCUCUGCCCGCUGUAUUUGGUCUGUUUUUUUACUGUUGCUUCCCCCUUUUUAUCCACAUUAUUGUUUUCAAACCUGGAAUUCAUUCACAUAUGGUCCAAAAUUUAUCAAGGGGGAAAACAAGGGAGGACUCCUCAUACGUUCAGAAAUGAGUUGCUCCAGGUCCAAAGCUUGGUUGUCCCAACCCCUUCUAGGGAUAGUGGGGUAUCUUGUCACUAAGUAUUGGCAUCAUGUCUCUCCAGCUAUGCCGUCACCCUCCUGUCUUUGGAACUACUUUCAGGAUGGCAGGUAGGUUUGUGAGUGACGCACACACGGCCAUGCUCAGAACUGGCCCACUGAGUCAGUGUGGCAAACAUAAAGCCCCCUCCCUGCUGUUUGGUUCCCUUCCAUCAACUAAUUGCAUGUUUCCUCUCAAAUAUGUAUUUGUCCCUUUUCACUUCUUGUUAGAGCAAAACCUAGGUGGGAAGGUCUGUUGGAAAUGGCCUUUGACAACCAAGGACACACAGUGUGCUUUGUUGUGUUCUGUGAUGAAUGGGAAAUGCAGACUCGGAAAGCCAGCCCUUCCUGUUUGGAAGUGUGGGACGGACCUAAGAUAGGUCACUGGGACAGGAGUGGCUCAGUGUUGGGGUCAGACAUUGUCCCCCAGCUAUGCUCUUCACCGGGACCAUCAGCACAUUUUUGGCCAGGGACCUUCUAGCACACCUGACCUUGCUGUUCAGUGAUUCUCCACCCCAGCUGGAUGGCCUCCAGGAGUAACAACAUCCCUAGGGCCCUGUCAUCACCAUGUUACAAGGUCAUGGAGUAGAAAUUUCUACGGCUCUGGAUGACUUUCUUCAUUGUUUAAAGAGGAUACUGUACUCUUAAGCUUUUGACCUCAUGCCUUGCAUAGUAAAAAGGGUUUGGGUAUUUUUGUUAUUUUUUUGAGAGGGUUGUGUUUUGUUUCCUUUCAUUUUUAUUUUGGCCUUUCCUCUAUGUCUUUUCAUGUAGAACAGAUAUUUGAAAGGGCGGACGAUGGCUAAAGGUGUAAUGUGCAGCUUGUUUAUACAUUAUUUCUGGGACGCUUUUAGUUUGAAUGGGAAAUGGAAUCAUGGACUGGCCAGGCCAUGGGGCACACUUCACCCUUUGCCCUUCCCUCUGGUUCAGUACCUAUUGUUUCUCCUUUCAAAUAUGUGAUUGUACUAGCUCUUUCCAUAUGAAAGAAUUCUCCUUAUUUAAAUAAAAAAAAAGUUUAAAAAAAAACACUAAAACUGAA